GACGCUGACAAACUAUCUCUGCUGCGAGCUGUAAACAGGGACGCAAGUUGUUUGGACACGUCGUGUCAAACAGUCUGUUGUAGCUGUUUAUCGAGAGUAACACAGCUCACUGUAAAGGGAAAAUGGAAGAAGACACACUAACGACGCUGAAAAUACUGAUAAUAGGAGAAAGUGGUGUUGGGAAGUCUAGCCUCCUCUUAAGAUUCACAGAUGACACCUUUGACCCAGAACAGGCAGCGACAAUAGGUGUUGACUUUAAAGUGAAGACCAUUUCUGUGGACGGUAACAAGGCAAAGUUGGCCAUAUGGGACACUGCAGGACAGGAGCGCUUCCGAACCCUGACGCCUAGUUACUACCGUGGUGCCCAGGGAGUCAUCUUGGUGUAUGAUGUCACACGGCGAGAAACAUUUACCAAGCUUGAUAACUGGCUCAAUGAGCUGGAGACGUACUGUACAAGGAACGACCUUGUGAAAAUGCUUGUUGGAAAUAAAAUUGAUAAGGAAAACCACGAGCUAGACAGGGCCGAAGGGCUGAAGUUUGCAAGAAAACAUUCCAUGCUUUUUAUAGAGGCGAGUGCUAAGACCAGGGAUGGUGUUCAGUGUGCAUUUGAGGAGCUGGUGGAGAAGAUCAUCCAGACUCCUGGUUUAUGGCAGAGCGAGAACCACGGCCGAGGAGUCCAGCUCACCGACGAGGACGCGGGAGGUGGAUCCUGCGGUGGCUACUGCUCCCUGGUCUAGACGACACGCACACAAAGUACACAAACAUGUUCACACACACACACACAUGUUCAAACACACGUGUGAAUACCUCACACAGUGUCACACACUCAAACACUAACAUAAACACACACACUUGAAAGAACUCCCCUCUUCCCACUGUGUGCUGUCCUGAGCUGAGCUCCCGACUCAGACAUGAAGGCAGUGGAGGUCUGACUGUGUCCCCUCCGCUGAGCUGUAAGGGUUGACCGUCCUACACACUCUACCUGUGUUCACACAGACACUACUUUUUUGCACACUUUCUAAUAGUAACGCUGCGCUAAAAUGCAAAUGCAGCUCAGCCUUCCUCUUAAUGGAAUUUGAGUGAGUUGACUCUCCUCUGUUUUGUUUUGAGUUACAGUUUUGUGCAGUUUUAAGGACCUUGGUCGAAAUACACUCUAUUUUCAGUUUCUCAUUGUGCUUUGGCAUUUAAUUUUUAACAGGACGGUUAAGUCCAAAGGUAUAAACCAAAGUUUGUCAGACAAAUGGAUAAGUCUCUGAAGCGUGAUCAUGAGAAUAGAAAAAAAACUUUUUUUGACCAAGGUUCUCCUCUUGUCUCCAGCAUGCUUUUGUUUCUAGGAGCAUCUCGCCUUAGCAAGCACAUCUGUAUCAGUGCAGGGCCGAUUUUCCUCCAGUGUUUAUCUUUCCUCAGCUCUGUCCUGUGCUUGAUCCUGAUUCCCCCCCCCCCC